AUGACGAUCUCCUAUCCGACAGUAUCACCGCUUCGCUGCGGCUAUCUCUCGCCUCCAGCAUGGAAGUUCGUGGCGGAUGCAAAAGAGGGAGAGAAACUGACCAUGCCGUCAAUGGCCUUCUUUAUCCAGCACCCGGCAUCAAAGUCGAAAAUUGUCUUUGAUCUGAGCAUCCGGAAAGAUUUGACCAAAUACCAUCCCGGGCUACAAAAGCACCUCGAGACACGGCACCCGUUGAGCAGCCAAGACGAUGUGAAGUCAGCGUUGGCACUGGGAAAUGUGGAAGCCUCACAGAUCAACUAUGUGAUCAUGAGCCACGUGCACUGGGACCACGUAGGCACUCCAUCCGACUUCACCUCUGCAACUUUCAUUGCCGGCCACAAUACGGGCAAGCUCCUCAGAAAUGAAAUGGGACCAGACCUGGCAAACCCUUUCUUUGAGCCCGACUUGUUGCCAGCGGAUCGCACGAUCGAGUUACCGGCAGUACCAAGCUCCAAAGCCAGUGAGGUGUUUGACGAGGCUCACGGGUGGUAUUGGCAGCCCGUGUCUCUGAUCCAAAAUGCCAUAGAUAUGUUCAACGAUGGCACUGUGUAUAUCGUGGAUAGCCCAGGCCAUCUGCCGGGACAUUUGAAUGUCUUGGUCCGCGCGGCCGUCAACAAAUGGGUUUAUCUGGCUGCUGAUGCUUGCCACCACAUGCGGAUUUUCAACGGCGAGACGGACUUCGGGGCCUGGACGGAUGAGAAGGGACGGACGACCACGAUUCAUAAAGACCUCGAGGCAGCAUACAAGACGCUAAACAUGAUGCGCGUGCUUAAAAGAGACGGACUGAAUGGCGUCCCAGUAGAGAUUGUCCUCGCGCACGAUGGGGAGUGGCAGGAGAAACACUCGGACCGUUUCUUUCCCAACCAUCUGUGA